UUUCCCCGGCGGCCUCCGGGACCUCGCCGAGCCUCCUGGAAGAGAAGGGUCUAUUAGAGAAAGUUGCUAACCCUUGUUGAGGGCCGGGCGUUCACCCGCGAAGACGUUUAAUCUGCAUCUCAGUCGUGAGGGAGAGAUUGGCGUCCUGUUCACAGAGGAGGAAACAGGCCCCCAAAGGUAACCAUUGUGCGGUUCAUCAGCAAUGAAAUCUUCUGAAAGCUGAGAGCAGAAGCCUUUUUGGUCAACAUGGAGGACAAAAGACGGCGAGCCCGCGUGCAGGGAGCCUGGGCCGGCUCAGCCAAGAGCCAGGCCGUUGCUCAGCCAGCUACCACUGCUAAGAGCCAUCUCCGCCAGAGCCCUGGUCAGACCUGGACGAACAAGGAGCAUCAAUUGUCAGACAAACAAUUUGUAUUUAAAGAACCCCAGCAGGUGGUGCGCACAGCCCCUGAGCCUCGAGUGAUUGACAAAGAGGGUGUAUAUGAAAUUAGCCGGUCACCCACAGGCAUAUCUCGGGUGUGUUUGUAUCCUGGCUUUGUUGACUUAAGAGAAGCCGACUGGGUAUUGGAGCAGCUUUGUCAGGAAGUUCCCUGGAAACAGAGGACCGGCAUCAGAGAGGAUGUAACUUACCAGCAACCAAGACUCACAGCAUGGUAUGGAGAACUUCCUUACACUUACUCCAGAAUCACUAUGGAACCAAAUCCUCACUGGCACCCUGUGCUGCGCACACUUAAGAACCAAAUUGAGGAGAACACGGGCCACACCUUCAACUCCUUGCUCUGCAACCUUUACCGCAACGAGAAGGACAGUGUGGACUGGCACAGCGAUGAUGAACCCUCACUAGGGAGGUGCCCGGUCAUUGCUUCUCUCAGUUUUGGUGCCACGCGCACUUUUGAGAUGAGAAAGAAGCCCCCGCCAGAAGAGAAUGGAGACUACACAUAUGUGGAAAGAGUGAAGAUACCCUUGGAUCACGGGACCUUGCUAAUCAUGGAGGGAGCUACGCAAGCUGACUGGCAGCAUCGGGUGCCCAAAGAGUACCACUCUAGAGCACAGAGAAUAAACCUGACCUUUCGGACAGUCUAUCCAGACCCGAGAGGGGCGCACCAGUGAUGUGAAAUCUUUGAGAGAGAAGCCGUGCCGAGACUGAGCAACCUUCCACCAUGAAGAAACUUCCAGAGGCUGGUCCAGCUGAUCUCCCCGCAUGGCUGUUUGGAAGACAAGGGGCAGACUGACUUCCCAGCUCAGAGCCCUGUUAACUACCAGCCAGCAGUUCACAUCCAUAAUAUGUUUACUGUGGGAACAGUAAUCCCUAAUCACAUCUUGAAAGCACAUAUUUUGUUUAGGUAAAUUAAAAACCCCUACGGCUGUGCUCACGGAUGA